CUGGUUGCUCUGGUUUCCAUGCUUUUUUGCGCGGUGAAGUCAAUUGGACGUUGGUGCAGUGGAAAUGGGGGCAACCUGCAUCGUAUUUUGUUAGCUUCACGUGAGGACGUGAGCUUCACAAAGGGACAAAAACACGCGUUUGUCGUUGGGGCUGAUGGACAUUGACGAUGCCUCCACAGCUCAGGAAACGUCCGGCGGUUCCUCCUAAACCCAUCAUGACGGCCGCCCUGGAACUCCGCCGAUAUGCUUCAUCCCUCCAACGGGGAUGUCGGGGUGUAUCAACGUUGAAGGACAUCACUUCCCUCCUCAGCAGCAUCAGUGGCUAUGCAAGGUUAAGCCAGUUCUUUGCACCGUGCACCAAGAGUGACAGCCAGCCAUGCCACCUCCUGGACCAGUUCAGUGUCUGGAGCCGGUUCCUGUUGGCAAGCGACAUGGAACUGCUGGAAACAGCACCCGAAACACUCAGCCUGCUCUGCCUGCCUUAUCGCCACAGCAGCGGGAGACCGGAAAACUAUGGUCCCGUUGAAUGUAUAUUGCUUCACUGGCUUCUCAAGGAGCACUGCUGCAUCACUCACGUGAAGCUUCCUCGCAUAGCUAUGUAUCCCCGGUUCCCAUGGAAUGUCUGCUUCGACGCUCUCUGCCUCAACUCCGGGCUACAAGAGCUGACAAUUGAUUGUGUGAUCAGUAGAGAACAGUGGCCAAUGGUCAUACUGGCCCUCAAUAGUCUGACAGAUCUUCAGAAGCUCUACUUGGAACCGUUAACUUUGUCGGUGAAUGUCGCAGUAUCGCUGGCAACUGCCAUUAUGAGGAUGCCAUUUUUGAGGUCCCUUUCGUUUGUUCGCUUGUUGAUAAACCCUGGUGGCAGUGCGGAACACUUGGCAACUGCUUUCAAGGGGACGUCAGUCUUGACGUCACUUAAGCUUAAUUGCUCAAGCGUUGAUCCUUCAGAUGCAAAACAUCUGCUGCAGAGCCUGGGCUCAAGUAUUGCCGAACUUUGUGUAUCGGGCCAUUUUCUUCAGCCAGGGGGAGGUGUAGUCUUUGCGAACUACGUCGCCCAGAACGUCACAUUGAAGAAGCUGCGCGUUGAAGGCUGUGUCAGUUCAGAGACAACCGACCUUGACAACUUUUUCAAGGGACUGCAGUCGAAUAAUAGCCUUGAGGAACUGUGCUUGAACGGCUUCAGUUUGGCAAAGCCUGAAAUGGAAUCACUUGCAGAAAGUGUAGCAAUGCUCAGAUCCCUAAAGCUUCUAGAGGUUUGGGAUAAGGGUGACGUGGGCGGGGCUCCCCUUGCCGAACUUGUGGGUCGGAACACGGGCCUUCGCGAACUGAGAUUUUCGGCCGGUUUAGUGAGGUCUUAUGAUGCGUUUGCCGAUGCAGUUCGUAAGAGUACCACACUGGAAAAGCUUUCACUGAAUCUGGUUCAGCACAAAAAUGUGGAUGUCCGUGUCUACCAAAGGUUCUUGGAAGCCCUGUCUUGUAACAAAUCGCUUCAGCGAGUCACGUUACGAAACAUCUGCAACUGCCUAGAAACUGCCUUCUGCCACAUUCUGCACGAGACGGGGACUGAGGCAAGGGUUGAGUUUGAUACUGACAAGUAUGAAGCUCCUGACCUUGCAGGAGUGCUGAGUUACCCAGAGCCUUUCAACUUGCGGUAUUUAUGCAUAUGGAGCGAGGUCCCCACGCCUUCUGCAUUGCAGCAGCUGGUUAAUUUCCAUCAGCUUAGGGAGCUCUCCAUGUACCUGGGAGACGACCUGGUCGAGGGAGAUGCUGCAACUUGUAUAGCACUCUUCUUGGCAUCCACCAAGACCCUGAGAGAAGCGACGCUUGAGUUUAAGACCACAAAGGAGUCGACCCACACCCUUUUAAAGGGAAUCUCCUACAACAGAAGCAUCUCGGAGUUGAGCAUGGAUCGGUGGUCUUUCGGGCCAGCUGAAAUGGACCUUGUCCAUCAGAUCAUAAAAGCCAACACUGUCCUCAGGUCACUGAACAUAUGCCCCAGGAACUGCAAGAAAAGCCCACUACUGGAACUGCUGCCCAAAUACCUGCUUGACAACGACCACUUGCUUCGGGUUCACAUGGGUCCGGUGCUAGCCAACUAUCCCGUCACCCAGCAGCUCCAGGAGGUGACGCGUCGGAACUUGUCAAUGCUGUACCGUGCGGUGCUUUUCGUUACGGGCUCCCGUGGCAGACGUUACGCCGGCGCUUUCGAUCGGGUCUGUGCGAGUCCCACCCUGAUCAAGGAGGUGAUGAAGUAUGCCUCGGAGUCUGAAGAGGCGGCUACACAGAGGGUGAGAAGCCACAAGACCUACCUCGACCAACACUUCUGGGUGGAAGUUGGUGUUGUCAGGGGUGCUGUGGUGUGCGAGAACAGCGAUGGGGGGGUCCAGCUCGACCAGAUCGGUCUUGACAACUGGCUGUGCAUCCGCCAGUUUCUUAAGGUGGCCGACAUCAGGGAGCCACCGGCCCAAGCUGCCGCAACAUACCGUCCUCGGAAGAGGCGCUACCAUAGCCGGUAAAUGCCCGAGUGCUGCUGCAAAACUUGUUUUGGCUGUUCAUGUGAUUAAAUUGAUUUUUAUCCUUUCUAA